UCUACCACUGUGCCCUUGGACAGAGGAGGCUGCACAAAUCCUGCGCUCCCAAAUGUGAGGCUGUGGUUGAGAACAUUUGGAGGGUUUGCUUUGGUCUGCUUUGUUUACUGUCAGGCUUUGACUGGGUUUCAGUUCUCUCGGGCAGAGACACCAUGGCUUUCUUUGUGAAAAGCAUGAUAAGUAACCAGGUAAAGAAUUUAGGAUUUGGAGGUGGGUCUGAAGAAAAGAAAGAAGAAGGAGGGACCUCGGACCCUGCAGCAGCUCAAGGGAUGUCUAGAGAGGAGUAUGAGGAGUACCAGAAGCAGAUGAUUGAAGAGAAGAUGGAGAGAGAUGCUGCAUUUACUCAGAAAAAGGCAGAGAGGGCAUGCCUCCGAGUCCACCUCAGGGACAAAUACAGGCUCCCAAAGAGUGAAAUGGAUGAGACACAAAUCCAAUUGGCUGGGGAUGAUGUGGACUUGCCAGAAGAUCUCCGAAAGAUGGUAGAUGAAGACCAAGAUGAGGAAGAGGAGAAGGAUUCUAUCCUGGGGCAGCUGCAGAACCUCCAGAACAUGGACCUGGAUGCCAUUAAAGAAAAGGCACAAGCCACCUUCACAGAAAUCAAGCAGUCGGCAGAACAGAAGUGUUCUGUCAUGUGACGGGUGGUGGGGGUGUGGAAGGAGAGAGGGAGGCCACCUGCAGCAAGACAGCUCUCCUGGGAGUGGGGGAUGACAAUAAUGCAUCGUAACAUAGCAAAUAUAUGUAGGGAAGCCGUGAUGAGAAAGGUAUCUACAAACACGUGGACAACAAUUCAGUCAAUCUUGAUGUCUAACUAGCACGAACUUGAGCACUAACUAGCCCUUGCUGCGAGGAACACACUUUCCUUUCUGUUAUAGCCACAAGUUACUAAGAAAUACCAGCUAUAAAUUAUGGUGCAGAGCCAUCUGGUUCAAUAUCUGUAGGACAGCCAGAAGGAGCCAAACCAAAGCAAGUGGCUUUUCCUCUCCAACUUUCUUCCUUAGUGAGCAGGGUCUCACAAGGUCCAACCAUAAGAGUGAUGCCAGUUACCUACAGAGAAAGGCUCAGGAUAAAGGGUGGUCACCUAGUACCAAGACUACAGGCAACGGAGAAAUCAAACAUCACACCACCUCUUACUCCCAGCAUCCUUGAUAUCUAUGUUUUUUCUUAAAUUUGCCUCUUAAACACUGUGCACUCCGCCUCUGUGAUCAGACACUUGACAUAAAUAAACACAGUAAAGAGAAGAAAGACUUAUUUGCGCUCACAGUUUAGAAGGUCCAGUCCAUGAUUGCUUGGUUCCAGGGGAUUGAGCGUAGAGGAGGAUGGAGUGGAGAACCAUCUAAGGUUUCCAGAACCUCAAAAAAAAAAAUCACUAAAGGGACACUUCAUAUAGACAACCCAAAAUUUCCCAAUAACCAUUUGUCGUUGUCCCAGUGAAGGCUACUGGCUGGAGGAGAAGCCCCCAACAUAUGAUCCUUUUAGGGAACAUUGCCCGUCUAAGCUAUAACAGACAUGAUUUCAGCAAGUGGCAGCGGUGGCUAGGGCUGUGGUUAAGAACAAAAAGUCACCAGCAGGUGCAGAAUGACCUUGAAAGAGGCAAAGUUCAAGGUUGAGGGAUGCUAGGACAACUAUCACUACCUGUGAGUGGAGCAUGGCUCCUUCUGUCUGAACUCUGAUAGCAGUGGGAGCCCUGGGUAGACAAACAGUACUGAAGAACUAAGAACUUCAGUCAAACUAUCGUUUAGCUUCCCCCUCCCUGUCUCUUUUCCUGUUGUUCUAAAUUCUACCCUUCAUCCUGCCUUCUAGGUCAUUAAUUACACUGACAUUCUGAGCUAAUUUUCUGGGUUGACAUCAGUGUCUUUUUUCUAAUAUCCACUCUUCCAAAGACAAUGAAUCAAAGAUUUGCCUCCAAUACACUUGGAGCUUUUUAGUGAAUCUCUUCAUAGGACAUGAGUAAGGGUAGGCAGAGAACAAUUUUAUCAAGGAGAAAUUCUCUAUUAGAGGGUAAUAAGAUGAAAA